AUGCAGGAGCGUCGCCAGCAGAAGGAGCGCGUCGAUGCGCAGGGCAAGUUCUGGCAAGUGUCCGGCAGUGCCAUGGGCCGGGUGGUGGGCAUCAGCGAAGCCGAUGACGAGGAGCUCCAGCGCCGUCGGGCGCAGGAUUCCGCCCUCUCCGGUCGCGUGCUGAAUGUCCAAACGGCCCCCGGGAGCACCGGCCAGGGGGCUGAUUCUGGCUCCGGCACCGGCGGGAUUGGCGAUGCCAAGGCGGCGGCCGUGUCGGAAUUUGCCCAGCAAAAGACCAUCAAGCAGCAGCGCGAAUUCCUGCCGGUCUUCAGUGUGCGAAAUGACUUGAUGCAGGUGAUCCGCGACCACCAGGUGGUCAUCGUCGUCGGCGAAACCGGGUCCGGCAAGACCACACAGCUGACGCAGUAUCUCUGCGAAGCCGGCUAUGCCAAUGGCGGGCGGAUGAUCGGGUGCACGCAGCCCCGACGCGUGGCGGCCACCAGUGUCGCCGCACGUGUGGCCACCGAAAUGGGCGUCAAGCUCGGCCAGGAGGUGGGCUACUCCAUCCGUUUCGAGGAUCGCACCGAUGCCUCGACCAAAAUCAAGUACAUGACUGAUGGUGUGCUGCUGCGUGAGAGCCUGGUCGAUCCGGAUCUCUCGCAGUACGGGGCCAUUGUCAUGGACGAGGCGCACGAGCGCUCCCUCAACACGGAUGUCCUUCUGGGUAUUCUGAAGCGCGUGGUGGCCGGACGCCGGGAUCUGAAGCUGAUCAUCACCUCGGCCACCAUGAACGCGGACAAGUUUUCCGCCUUCUUCGGCGAGGUUCCCUGCUUUUUCAUUCCCGGACGCACAUUCCCCGUGGACAUCAUGUUCUCCAAGGGCCCGGUGGAGGACUAUGUUGAAACGGCGGUUCGCCAGAUUUUGGACAUCCACCUGGGCAGUCCCCCGGGAGACAUUUUGGUCUUCAUGACGGGGCAGGACGAUGUCGAGACAACCUGCGAGGUGGUCCUCGAGCGGCUGGCCCAAUUGGAGGACCCAGCCCCGUUGAAUGUGUUGCCCAUCUACUCGCAGCUGCCGGAGGAGCGCCAGCGCCUGGUCUUCGAGGGCGACGGCUCGGUCCGGAAGUGCAUUGUAGCCACCAACAUCGCCGAGACCUCCCUCACGGUGGACGGCAUUGUCUAUGUCAUCGACUGUGGCUUCUACAAACUGAAGACCUAUGACCCGCGUCAUGGGAUGGACAUGCUGCUCAUGUAUCCCAUUUCCCAGGCAAACGCCAACCAGCGUGCCGGUCGCGCUGGGCGCACCCAGCCCGGAACGUGCUAUCGUCUGUAUACGGAGAAUGCCUAUCGCCAUGAGAUGCUCGAGAGCACGGUGCCGGAAAUCCAACGGACCAACCUCAGCAAUGCGGUCCUCCUGUUGAAGUCUCUCGGCGUGCGCGACCUGUUGGAGUUCGACUUCCUGGACCCCCCGCCCCAGGCCAACAUCCUCAGCUCCAUGUACCAACUGUGGACCCUGGGUGCGCUGGACAACCUCGGCGAGCUGACCCCCGUUGGCCGGGCGAUGUCGGGCUUCCCAUUGGACCCGACUCUCAGCAAGAUGCUGAUCACUUCCAAUGAGCUGGCUUGCACCACGGAGAUCGCCACCGUGGUGUCCAUGCUGUCGGUUCCUCCUGUGCUGAUGCGCCCGCGCGGGCGCGAGGAAGAGGCUGACACCGCGCACGAGCGCUUCAGCGUCCCGGAGUCCGACCAUCUGACCCUGCUCUAUGUCUUCCGGCUGUACGAGUCGAACCGCUUCUCGGACGCCUGGUGCGACAAGAACUUCAUCAAUCCCCGGUCCAUGCGUAAUGCGCGCGAAGUGCGCGACCAGCUGUUGGACCUCAUGCGCAAGGCCCGGAUGGACAUGCGCUCGUGUGGCAACGACUUUGACCUGGUCCGCAAGGCCAUCUGUUCGGCGUACUUCUACCACGCGGCCAAGAUGAAGAGCGUCGAGGAGUAUGUAAACAUGCGUACUGGCAAGCCGUGUCGUCUCGAGCGCUCGAGCGGCAUCUUCCGCCUCGGCUCGCCGCCCGACUACAUCGUGUACCACGAGCUGGUCAUGACCUCGCGCGAGUACAUGCGCGGUGUGACCGUGGUCGAGCCUUCUUGGUUGGCCACCCUUGGACCGAUGUUCUUCAAGGUGGUCACCAUGGAAAACCGUCUCCGAUCAAACUAUCGUGACCAUCUGGAGGCCGAGUCCAUGGAGCGCGAGUUGGAGCGCGCGCGCGAGGCUGCCCGCAUCCGCCAGGAGGCCGAGCAGGAACGCCGUCGUCGGCAGAUGGCCAACACCGAUGUGGUGACUGUCGGCCGCCGGGCGCCAGAUGCCGCCGGGCCGCGCCAGACCACCUCCCUGGCCGGGAACUUGGCAUCUCGCUUGGCCGUUCGGGCGGCUCUCAGUGGCAAGACCUCCAAUGCUCCGGCCGGCUCCGCAUCGGCGGGCCCCGCAUCGGGCGUGUCCACCGGAUCGGCCGCGGUAUCAACCGCCGGGGCCCGCCGGACGCUGCCCCCGCCGCCAAAGCCCCGUCGUCGCAUGGGCAUCUAG